ACCGGUAAUGCUGCAGUCUCGUAAAUAACACAAAACAAGUCUGCGAAAGGAGACAGAAAAGGCCAGCCAAAACACCGGAAUAGCUGCCACUGAGACCCUGAGUAAGAAAAGAGAAACAUAGAAUGCCAGGUGAACAGCCAAUGCCAGCAGAAGAAGUGAACUUCAAAGAGAAGUAUCGCUCUUUGAAGAGGAAAAUGAGAUUCCUCAUCUAUGAGCAAGAGUGUUUCCAAGAAGAGCUGAGACGUGCUCAGAGGAAGCUUCUGAAGAUUUCCAGAGACAAGAACUUUCUACUAGACAGACUGCUGCAGUAUGAAAGGGUUAUUGAUCCUGGAACUGAUUCAGACUCUACCCUAUCAUCCGAGGAUAGUUGCAAAGAUGCAAAAAAGGAACAGGAAAAGAAGGUUGUCAAGAAGAAGAGAAGACCUAAGAAGAAGCCUGCCAAGAAAUUGAUGGGUACACCGGCCCUAGGAGUCCGCAGAGAUCCUCUACCUCAUGACCUUCGUACCUUACCCCCUUCUCUUCAUCAGCAACUACCACACUUGGCAGAGCUGAUUCGAAAGGCAUCAGAAGGACUCCCUCUUUCUCAACAACCAGCAAUGCAAAUGCCAGGUAUGUCAACUACAGGCCAAGAGCAACAGCACCAGCAGCCACCCCCGCUCCCUUCCCCUCUAUCCCUCCUCUCACCACACCACCAGCACGCCCACCCUGCCCUGCUCUCCCCUACCGGGGGAAUGGGCCUACCCCUCUCCACCAUGCCCCAUGUCUUUGAUCCCCGUGUCUUCGACAGGGGCAUGCAACAGCAGCAGCACCACCACCACCACCAGCCCCCACAGCAGUCACCAUACUCCCUGCCUGGGCUGCUGGGGAUGGGACUGGGUGGAGGGCCCAUGGGGUUGGGAGGGGAGCUACCCCAUAUGGAUCUCAACGCCUUGACUGCUGCGGCUGCACAGGACAAAGUGAACCAAGAGAGAAGCAAGAAGAAAUCAAAGAAGGAUACCUCAGACAAGCACCCCUCUGCUGCGCAGGGACCUUCUUCGUCCCACCAUCGUGUUCCUCUCCCUCAACCGUCUACCUCGUCAACACAUGAAGACAAUGAAGACCUGGUCAUUGAUGUCCGAGAUCCUAAAAUAUAGGAUUGUAGCUCCCUUCAUACAAAAUAGACUUUGACAUCCUUGAUGACUUGAUCAGUGUAAUGUUAUCUCUCAUGAUUCAGCAAUCGCUGGCUUGGCUGUUUAAACAAGGUCACUAAACAGCGCGUCCCAGAAAAAAGGAAACCGGGAUUCCCAUGUCUUUCUCCUUCAAAGGCAACCAAAUUAUCAGCACGUCCCAGAAAAAAGGAAACCGGGAUUCCCAUGUCUUUCUCCUUCAAAGGCAAACAAAUUAUAUUUUAUUUACAUCAUCACUAAAUUCAGUUAUUCCUCUAUAUUUUGAUACCUGAUAUGAAACAAACACUUCACGCAUUAAUGAGCAAAACGAGUUUGAAAUUUCAAUGUCAAAAUCAGGUUAAACAUAAAAAUUAGACAGGAUUGGUUUAUGAUUGGCUUAUUCCCCGAUUGGCUCAUUAACAUUUCUUUCGUAUUCUUAGUCGAGUUUCUCUCACUGAUCUUUGAAAUGAGAGUGGAUUCAGAUUCACACGUGAGUUUCUGCUCAAAUCGUUACCGGUAUGCCUCAAUAUUUAUUGUUUGUAUUCUGCCAUGCGUGAAAGGUUUGCUAAGCUUUUGGUCUCAAAUUGAAGAUGACAUUCCACUCUUACCAUAUGCUUAAAAUUUGUAGUAAAAACAUUUUAUAAUUGUGAAAUCUAUCUCUGAAAACGGGUUUCCUUUUUUGCGGGACACUGCUUAUUUUGAGUGAGAGAGGUGUUCUCGCUUAUUCUCCCAGCCUCCACAGUUUAGGUUAUGAUGUUGAAGGUCUGCAUACAUCAUUCUCAUUAAUUCAAGUACAUUUGCAUUUCUGAGAUGAAUACAUAUCUCAGUGCAACACAAUUAGUACUAUACAUAGUUUCUCUUGUUGAGAAGUGCAUGCAUGCUACACCCAAUUAAUGCAGUAUUGUUUUAUUUUCCAUUGGCAUCGUCUUGUAUGAUUUGUUUAUGUUCAAUCUGUACUUAUUCUCAAUGAUAUUCAACUUGCAUGUAUGUAUAUCUGUUAUAUAAGGCCACUUCUUUGAGCAACAUUACAAUUUUGAUUGAGUUUACUGCUAUUCCUUUGAUUCGGUUUUGUAUUUUUAAAGGUUUUUAUUGGAUAUUCUGAGGCUGUAGCCUUUAAUAAUAUCAGUUUGUUUUCUGUGAAAUCACAUGAAUCAAAUACUGUGUAUCGCAUUUUAUGUUUAACUAUCAAAAUUAAGAUGAUUUAAAUCUCCCUUUUUUUCAGGUUGAAACUGGCACGACCAGGUAAAAACUUCAAGAAUCAUCACAUGGUUCAUAUUAUUCAUAGUCAAAAUAAAUGAAACUCAUCAUUAAAUGAAUUUGAUGUAUUUAUAUAACACUAGUAUAUCUCAUCCAUAUAAUAAUGCACUUUCACACCAUUGUGUAAGCACAUCCUCGUUCCAUUGCCUGGACUCAUCUUUGCAUUUUGUAUACAGUGGUGCUCAACAGCUAGUGAACCCCACCAGAAAAUGAAUAUAUUAUUGUGUUGGUGCUUAUUGCACUUUACUUUCAACCAGACUUAAAUGAGACGAAUCAAUGCAGGAUGUACAGUUCAUAUAUACAUUUAUGAAUUAAGGAUGAUUACUUAAUGAUGAUAAUGACAAAUACAUGAGUAAGUCUGAUGGUGACUAUACUCUGAAGAUGAACUCUCCAGUAUAAAAUAUAAACUCUUCUGUAGCUCUAUCUCUAAUAUAUCUGCAUGCUGGAGCCAAGCUAAAUCUAAACUCCAAUCUCUAUUCUGCAUUGGGUUCAGAAGUGAACCCCUUUUAUAUUGGUCUGGUCAAGACCUUGGACGCUUGACCAUAACAAUCUGUACGUCAUAACUUUACUCUGAAUUGGGGAGUGGACCUUUUAGUGAAAAGCAGGAAUGUAGUGAAUAAGAAACACAUAAAAUGUGUCUGCGUCAGGGGUUUUAUAGCUAGAAGAAUGAGUAAUACUUUCUUAAGAAAGUUGGAAUUGUUAAACAUAAAGUUUCAUGUUAUACUUCAUGUAGAAGUAUUGAUUGUGUAUUGAUAUUUUAUUGAAUGUGAGAUAUGUCUUCUCUUCACGUAACAAUAUUUGAAGUGUUCAACUUCAACCUUGCUUCAUAGAUUUAUUGUGAAGUCAGGUGAUAAAAUAUUGCAUUCAAUGUAGUUUUCUUUUCCUCCGGACUUGCCAAACAUUGUUGUGUUGUCUACAUUCAACACUCGGCAUAAAGGAGUGCAUUUAUGGUGGGGGUUCACUAACUUUUGAGCACCAAUGUAUCUUUAUUCACUUUAUCACUCUCCAUACCUAAACACACAGUUCCUUAUCAGACCAUUAUUGUAAACCUCUUUUACAUCAGACUCAUCCUAUCACAUGCCUCCACAUAGAUCAUAAUCUUUUUAAAGGAAAGAAACAGUAAAGAUCAAGAAGAUUAUAGAAACUGUACCAAAAUAUUUAUUAUUUACACUUGUCUACAGCAAUGCGACACAAAUAGAUAACUAUUAUGUACAUGAAAAAUCAAUAGAUUGAUUUGCUACUCUAUGAACAUUGUACAAAUGGAAUGUUUCAUGAAUUAAUACCCCUUUCAUUCAAUCCAAGAGCUGGACUGGAGGCAAACUAUUCUCAUGAAGGAGAGGACCAGAAUAGUUUGAACUAUAGGCACACUCAAUCUCAUCUUGGAAUUAACAAACAGGAUUCUCAAAUUAUGUGGACACUGCGGUCUAGUUCAAUUCCUGUGUAAUCAGAUUGGACUUCAAUUCUUUUUGUGUUCUGCAUCAAUAGCGGUUACCAUGAAUAGUACAAUUUCCAUUCUGCACUUGUAAAAAAUAGUGUGGCCUAUUUUGGACGUAGUGAACACAAUUUUAUUGCUGUGUGUAUUCUGAUCUGAUUACUUGAGAUUGAAUGAAAGGGGUAUAAUAGGUUUUCACAAAAUUAAUAGGUGAUGUGUAUAGAAAGUACAGUAUGGCACAUCAGAUAUUGCACAACAGAAGGAUAAAUAAUAUAAAGAGCAUGUUAAGUACUAUUUCGUUUCAUUUUUCAAACAAAUAUAUACAUAUCAAAGAGUUUAGAAUUCAUUCCAGUUACAUAAAUGGUUAAAAUUAAUAUUAUUGGCAACUUACAAGAGUAAACAUAGCAUAACCUUUCAAUGUGAGAGACACUCAGAUGGUAACAUAAAUGCAGUCUUAAAAUCAUUGUUUGUAGUGUGACAUGUAUCAUAUAUGGUUUGUUUGGAUUUUAUUAUUUGUUCUCAUAAGAUUAUGGAGUAUGUCAUGUUUUGUACAUGGUUUCUUGUUUAUGUUUUCUUAUUUUGUAGUCUAUGAACUUGUAAUAAUUGUAUACAUGUAGAUAUGUAACAUAGAAAAUUAAAACAAGAUGUCUGCAAGAGCAUGACAAGGAAAAUACAGUCUCAAUGUUUCAUGUUUAGUUGAAUUUGCAAAGGUUUCUUUUGUUAAUAAAAAAUAACAAUACAGAGAUCUCUCCAUCUGAAUACUGAAAUUAAUAAUAGAAUCACAAGGGUACUUAAUCCAAUCUAGAAUCUAUACAGAUAUUUGCAGAGCACCAAUAGCGUAUUUUUGCAUUCACUUUGAUUCGGACUGGAUGAAAAAUUGUAAAUAUGCUGUUUGUCGACAAACGCUGUUAUGUCAUUGAAGGGC